GAGUUUUCAUUCAAGAAAAUGAAACGUUUAACGUAAUUAGUGAAGUGUUUUAUAAUUACAGAUGUUAAUAUAUGUAACUGAUAGUACAAGUAAACGAUAUUUUUUACAAUGGAUUUGAAACUUCCCGCUUUAUGUACGGGUCAGAAAAACCCUGUUUCGUCAUUUAGUAAGAAAAUGGCUAAUUCCCCUAGCGAAAAGGAGUAGCUUUUUAAAAACGGGAGAUCGUGUUCAAGUUUGAAUAAAAUUUAUUAUUUAUAUAUUUGAUUCUUUAUACACGUACAUAUGUUUUUUUUAUGAAAAUUUUGAGUAUAUCGUUGUUAAAUUUAUCAAGUUGUCGAUUGAAAUUAGUUAUGUAAAUAUAAAAAAUGAGUGAUAAAACAAACAUUUACCUGUGUGAACAUAAAAUUGGAAAAUGAGAUAAAAGAUUAUUUAUUUAUAAAUACAGAUGUUAUUUGAGUAUUUGAUACAUGAGUCUUUCAAAUGGAGCCAACAAAAGAUUCUCAAAUUUCAUCUGAUCCAGAAACGAAAGGUUUUGAUCUAUCAGCUGGCAAAACAUGGAUUUAUCCAGAAAAUUAUCCUAUUAGAGAUUAUCAGUACAAUAUUGUUCAAGCCUGUUUAUACAAAAAUACUUUAGUUUGUUUACCUACUGGAUUGGGAAAAACAUUUAUUGGUGCAGUUGUGAUGUAUAAUUUUUGGAGAUGGUACCCAAAAGGAAAAGUUGUGUUUUUAGCACCUACUAAACCUUUAGUUGCCCAACAAAUUUUUGCUUGUUAUAAUGUAAUGGGUAUACCGAGCAUAGAGACUAUUGAACUAACAGGAGCCAUCAACCAAAAACAGAGAGAAGUAGCUUGGUUAAAGAAAAGAGUAGUAUUUGCUACUCCUCAAGUUUUUUACAAUGAUUUGUACAAAAAAAUUGUACCAGCCGAUUCAAUAAAAUGUGUUGUCAUAGAUGAAGCUCAUAAAGCUUUAGGGAAACAUGCAUAUUGCGAGUGCAUUCGAACAUUAAGUGAAACGAAUAAAAACUUUCGGGUAUUAGCCCUUUCAGCAACACCCGGCAACAAGAUAAAUAAUGUUCAUGAGGUGUUGCAAAAUUUACUUAUCGCUCAUGUCGAAUUACGAGACGAAGCAUCUUCGGAUGUUUUACCGUAUAUCAAUCAAAGAAAACUCGAUAUAAUUUUAGUACCACUUAACAGUGAAAUAACUAAAUAUAAAGAGAGAUAUAUUUUUAUUAUGGAUCGUCAUGUAAAAAUUUUGCUGCAUUGUAAUGUUCUUAAAGGAGAUACAGCAAAUAUUUCUAAAGGAAAGAUAUUUCAUUUAUUAAAGGAAUUUCAACAGAAAACUAACAAGUCUGGAAAUUAUGGACAAAUUAUAAAAACAUUAAAUAUAUUAAUAACAAUGUACCAUGCUUAUGAACUUAUGAUUAGAGAUGGUCUUCGAGCAUUUUAUAAAUUUUAUCAAACUCAUUCCGAUAAAUUUUGGUUGAAAGACGAGAUUCAAUUGCAGGAGUUACUCAUAGAUGUUGAACAAUACCUUGGCCCAUUUCCAGAAAUAAAAACUUUUCAUGAGGAUGAUGCAAUAACUAUUUCACAAGACCUUGUAUAUGGACAUACAAAGUUCGAAAAAUUGAAAGAACUGCUUUUACAUCAUUUUGAAAAUAGGCAAGAAAAACAGGAUGAUACAAGAGCCAUAGUUUUUGUAGAGUACAGGGAUAUCGUGAGCGAAAUUUACGUUCUAUUAUUGCAAUGUCAGCCAUUAAUAAGGCCACAAAUGUUUGUUGGUCAGGCAGGACAGAAACAAAAGCAGCAGUUAAAAGCGCUAGAAGAUUUUAGAAACAAUCGGGUUAAUGUUCUUGUGUCUACUAGUAUAGGUGAGGAAGGAUUAGAUGUUGGAGAAGUCGAUUUAAUUAUAUGUUUUGAUGUAUCCCAACAUUCUCCGACACGACUCGUACAAAGAAUGGGAAGAACUGGUCGAAAACGCGAUGGUCAUAUAAUUAUCCUCGUUACCGAUGGAAAAGAACACGAGACAUUAAAAUCUACAAUGGCUAGAAGAGCUUCUUUAAACAACAAAAUAUUAAACACGGGUAACAUUUUUUCUUCACUUUAUCAAAAUAAUCCACGAAUGGUUCCUGACACUUAUAAUCCGGACUGUAUGAAAAUGUAUAUUAGCACGCAACCAAAAGUUUCAGUAACGAAAGGCAACGACAAAAAAUCGAGAAAGACCAAUAAAGGUCGAAAUACCCUAAAAAAAAUUACAGCCAUAGAUCCUGAUGCAUUAUCACAAGAUAACGAAAAUAAAUUUUCUAUGACAAAAUUCUUUAAAACUAAACAACCUAAAGAACAGGUAAAGAACAACAUUAGUACAUGCGUUCUUGAUACUAGUCACACUAAAAAAGCAGUAAAACCAUCCGACGUAAAACUUUUGUCUUGUGAUAACGCUGCGGUUGACUUCCUUACAAUAUGCGCUUUGAGAAAUUCUGAGAAUGAAACAGAUACAAAGGAAAAGUCUGGCAUUAAUAAACUUUACGUACCUGAAUUUUCCCGGAUUAAAAACUUUUUUAAUUUUUCAAUACCUGAUAUUAAAAUUCUUGAUUGCUUAAUUACGCUAAAGGCCGUCACCCCGCCAAAUAAAAAUGAUUUAUACAAGAAUGAAAAUAAUAGUAAACGUAGGAGAAGCAGUUCACACAACGAUGAAUUGGUACUCGUUAAUGCGAUGAAACAGGUCGAGAACAAACCUGUCAUCGAAGAGUCGAAAUUUGAAGAUUUACUCGAUGAUAGCAGUGAGUCAACUGACAGCAACUUAUUUAAUUAUGUCAAAGAAAAUUGCAAAAACAGUCAUUCUAAUCUUACAGUCGGUUUCGAACAGCAGUCAAAUAGCAAUAUAUCAAAAACAAUAGCAGAAAAUGAGACAGGUAUAUUGCAAGAUUUAGAGCCUGGUAUAUUCGAAGAUAUAUUGAACGAAACAUCCGAUGAUUCCGAAAGUACUAUUCACGAUGAAAAUGAACAAACUGAGAAGUUUGCUAAUGACAUGCAAUUACGCGACACUAAUAAUUCCAACAGUGAAGAUUUACGGAAAAGAAUCGAAUCAAAUGACGUUUCUACUAAAGUCGUCCAAAAUAGCAACAAAAAAGAUUAUAAGCAAAUAAUAGAGAAGGAUCGUACGUCGAUCGAACCCAAAAAAGAAAGUAUUCUUACCAUAACGCAAGCGAUUAGCGAGAUAGGAAGGCUGAAUUCAAAUUCAACACUUUCAAACAUGGUCGAUGAAUCGGAAGACGAUAUGUUUCAGGAGGAAAGUUUUUCGACGCAAAUCGAUAACUGUGCAGAAUCUAUUAAGGAAACAAAUAAUUUAUUUAAGGGUUACGAAUCCAAUGAUAAAACUGUUCUCGAUAAAUCGAACAAUGUAGUGAAAAAAGAAAAUGAAACCGACAUAGAAUUCAAAUUGGAGGAGUACGAAUGGGAUGAUGAUUUUAAAAUUUCUACUGAUCCUAUAUGCAAUACAACAAUAUUCGAUUCGUCUAGAGAAAGGAUCAAUAAAUCGAUCAAAAUUGAGCGAAACGUCGAAACGCAGAAUGAUCAAAGUCGGACUUUGAUUAACAAAUCUCCCAGUGUCUUAAACAGGAAUACUGCCGGUACGAGCAUAGCAAGAAAAUUAUCGAAUUUGAGAAGAAGUUGGAGUUCGAGACUCGAAAGUGCAAACAAAUCUUUCAAUAAUACAUGUAAUUCAAACAAUGAGAGUUUUUCAGCCGAAAAGGACGAUGAAGAGGAAAGCAGUUUCUUCUUUAACGAUUCAAUCAAUAAUUGCGAUCGUGAUACGACAAUUGAAACGAAACACUUUGAAAAUCAUAAUGGCGUUAGUCGCAAACGAAAAAGAAUUAACGAAUUUAUAGACGAUGAAGCGGAAGUAUCUUCGAAAGAAUACGUCUCGGAUGAAAGUUCAGAUGAAGCAGACAUAGAUCUUGAUGGUUUCGUAAGCUACACACAAAACGUGCAUGAAACGACUGACAUGCAUAUACAUUAUUUGAAAAGUGUCAAAAGCCCAGUAAAGCGACACGAAGGUUUCGUAUUUAAGGAGCCACGCGCCGUCGAUACCAGCGUAGAAACGUAUUUGGAACCUGUAACUCAAGCAGACGAUACUUACUUAAACGAUACGUUCUGCGUGUCGGACGACGAAAACGAGCAUCAAGAUGCUACGUUGGUCGAAGAGCUGUGCGAAUUAGAACGAGCGGAACAAGAGCUCGAGAAUCGGAAACGGAAACGAAAGCGAAUGCGGGCGAAAGAUCAAGCAUUGAAUCGUAACACAAAGAAAAGAAAAAGUGAAACCAAAAAUUAUAGUAGUAAUAACGAUAGCAGCAGCGGCGAAGAUGAAAUUGAAAAUUUACGUAAACAGAUAAUGGAGGAAUCGUUAUUGCUUGCACGAUCGCGGGAUCGAUCGUAAAGUUAAACCGAUAGUGCCAAUUUAAAUAUAUCAUACUUCGUUCACUUCAACGUCUCUUUCAUGGAAAUAUAUUUUAACUAUUCUUAAAAUCGUGUUACUGGAAUCCUUAGAAAACCUUACAAUUUUUGAGAUCAUAAACUUAUGGUUUUCUUACCUGACUCAAAGUGUAUUUCCGAGGAGAACACGAACAAUAAGCAUAAUGAAUUUUGUCGGUGUUACGGCUUCAGGUAUACGAAGGAAUUAGAAAGUGGAAUUUGAACUGACCAGGGGUGCAUCGAUAGUAUCGAUGGAUUAAGAAGGAAACGACUACCUUUUGCUCGUAGGUGGUGGUGCCUCCUCCACGAACCUUCUUUCGGCAUAUAAAGCCAGAGGUACAAGGGUAGCUUGUUCACAGUCGUUCGAAAGACGUGAUUUUCGUCGGUCAGAAAAAUGUAUCGCAGUUUAACGAUUUGUUUGACGAUUUGUUGGUGCGGGGCUGCGGUCAUACCGAUCAGAAAUGAGAUUAACAUGAAACAAAGCGAGCAAAGUGAAGUAACGAAUCAACAAGUACUUACACCGAUUGGAAUCAAUAGUGAACCACAAAUUUAUCCGGUCGUGCAGUCGAAUCAACCGACGAUCAAUCGAUACAUUUACCCACCGUAUCCAGAAUAUGGGAAUGGCGGAUACGCUAUUCAGACGGGAUACGAAGGUUACCUUGUACCCUCCGUUUUACCACAACAAAACACAGAUUCUUGGAUUACCGAAUUUGGGACCAGUUUAUUUCCGUCCUCUGACGAAAUUCUUCUUUACGGAAUUCGAGCUGGAAUUUAUUUGUUGCAUUUUCUGUUCGCGAUUAUCUUAGGCGGAGCCUUCACCACUAUGAUUUGUACCUUUACACCCGUUUGCACAAUCGAUUUCGUUGGCUUUGGUUGGAUCAAUAAUCAUAAGGUGAAGGAGCAGAUAACGGAUUUAUCUCGGAGCUAUCUAACGGACGAGACCGUGAACGCGGCUACCAUUCUAAUCACAAAGGCCCUCGACAAUUAUGCAACGAUGCAGCGCGAGAGAUGCGAAGAUACGAAACAAAAAGAGAUCGAAAAAUUGGACGACUUGCCGAAUACCAGAUAAUUCAAAUUUGUUUUUUCUGCCGAAUGUCUUUCGCAUACUUUUGUACUUGUCAAUUUGUAAUUAUUUUAGUAGCAUUACUACGAGUAUCGGCUAAAUCAUCGAAUAAAUCAAUUCCGAAAAUAAUAAAA